AUGGGGGAGGGGACACGACGUCUUCUGCGCACCCCCUGCAUCCCUCCCAGGUGUAUUUGUGGGGCAGACAGGAUCCCAACCAUCGCAACCCAUCUUCUCCCACCGCAUUCCAACGCAUCCCACAUCUCGACGCGAACCCUGAGCCAUCCCUCCUCAGCCUGUCUUCAGUGUCUAGCAGCAGCGGAGCAGCGGCCAAUAGCGUCUUUCUUCGGCGAUCCGCACUUCGAGGGCGCAGAUGGCGUCCAUUUCCGAUUCACCGGCGUCCCCGGCGAGGCCUACUGCCUGCUCUCCGACCCCUCGCUGCACAUCAACAUGGAAAUGGCCGGCGACUCGGGUAGUCUAGGCGACGAUUCAGUCAGUUCAGGCGGCGAUGCUAGCAUAACACCAGGCGCCACGCAACGCACAUGGGUCAAGGCGAUAGGUGUGCUCGUGGCCGGCCACUCGCUGCAGCUCAGAGCGCGACAGGGGGCAGACGCGUCGCUCGGCGACGGAUUCUUGCAGUCGAUAGUGUUAGACGGCGUCGCGCAGCGAUUGUCGCCGUCGCACAUCCUAGAGAGCGACGACGGCGCGCUAAGAGUGCACCACGUGGGGGUCACCGAAUCAAACGGCGUGGAAACCGAGACUCUCAGAAUACAGUCCGGUGGCCGGCAAGGGGCGGACUUCCUUGUUCAUAUUAGGCCAGAGGCCGUCGACCGACAAUCAGCAGCCGACGCGUUUGUGCAUUUCUCGGUGGAGGUGUUAUCUGGGGGCGGGUUGACCGACCCGCACGGCGUGAUGGGGCAAACGUUCCGGAGUUCCCAGAAGGAGCGAUCUUUCGCGGUAAGCCUGCAGUGGAGCCGCGACGCGCAGGCGUGGGAGGUGGCAGGAGUUAACGGCGACGGCUAUCUUGACGGCUCCGUCGAGAGUUACCGGUCGUCCAGCCUCGUCGCCGCGGAUUGCGCGUUCUCGCGGUUCAAGGCGGCGGAAGGAGUUGUCGGCGAGCGGAGAGAGGAGAGCGACGGAUCGUGGGCGGUGGCGGAGAUGAUGGGGGAGGGGGAGGACGCGGAAGGCGCGGGGGAUGUAGGUCCGGGGAUCGCGAGUGCGGUGGGGCGCAGACUGCUGGGCGAGAGGAGACUCCGCGAGUGA